AUGGAAACCACUGGCCGUUCUCAUGGCCUAUCUCCUGGAAAGGACACACUCUCGCAGACUUUCCCCGGAAUAUGUAAUUCGCAAAUGGCGUGCUCUGCGUCGUCAGUUUCCUCAUCUGAUCAAACUAAAAGUAGCCAGAACGAAAUUGAGAAUAUAGAUUCACUGGUUUCGAAGUGGGAUGAUGUCAGGUUCAUCGCAAUCUCCGGAAAACGAAAGUCUGGGAAAGAUUACUUUGCAAAGGUUCUCCAUGACGAAAUUCAAGAGAAAUUACGACUGACUGCUGUGAUUGUUCACAUCUCUGAACCUAUCAAGCGUGCUUUUGCGGAAGAGCAUAAUUUAGACUUAUCUGAAUUGAUGUCUUCUUCCUCUUACAAGGAGCGUUACCGUCGACAAAUGGUUCGCUGGGGUGAGAAACUUCGACGGAGCGAUGCCACUGUAUUCUGUCGUAAGGCCCUUCAAUACCUUGAUGAAGACUACCCCGUUAAACCGUCAGUGGUAAUUAUUGCGGACUGUCGUCGCCCAAGUGACCUGGAGUACUUUUCCAGUCUCAAUAAGAGCACCCCUUUGUUGCAUCUCCGAGUUGUCGCGUCGCCCGCUACACGAAAGGCACGUGGAUGGACCUACAGCUCCGGCAUAGACAAUGCAGAGACUGAAUGCGCACUCGAUACAGCCUCGUUUGACGUACUUGUGGUGAAUGAGUCUAAACGUACUCUUGAUCUUUCCUUGAAACUUGUAAAGCGAGCCCUUAAUGGCAAUCACCUGAGGAAAGCAGCUACGAUAUAA